GAACUCCGCCUAAUGCACGUCCAUCCGGGCAACGAAACCGAUCCCGUCCACCUAUCUCUUGUGACCACUGCCCUAGACGCCACCCCCGACUUCGAGUUUAUCUCGUACUGCUGGGGCAAUGCGCAGGACCAGCGUCAAGUGACAUGCAACAGCACCACCCUCUCCAUCACCAGCAGUCUCUUCACCGGGCUCGUGCACUUCCGCCAUUCGGAUCAGCCCCGCGUCCUCUGGGCCGACGCCGUCCGCAUCAACCAGGCCGACGCGGCCGAGAAGAGCGACCAGGCGCUGCUGAUGCCGGACAUCUACUCGCAGGCGAUGUGCGUGCUGGUCUGGCUCGGCAUCGCCGACGACCCCGUGUACGGGUCCGCCCUGCGCCGCGACUCGCUGCGGCUACGGGAAGAGGGCAAGCCAAACGUCCUGGACCAUGACUGGAUGCCGCUGGCACGGCCGUGGUUCCGCCGAAAGUGGGUGGUGCAAGAGGUCUCGCUCGCCAGACAGGCUGUGUUUCGGCAAUUCUCGAUAGCGAUGCUAGUGGAAGGCCGAAGCCUGAAAUUGCUUAGCCUGGCUCCUGACAGGUCCCUAUUCUCUACCCCGGACGCCCAACGACUCGAAGGGCUCCCAUCGUGGUGA